AUGGGUAGAUUUCGAUUUGAUCUACUCAUCUUAUUACUCGCCAUACAUUGGUCCACUGCGCUUUCCGAUCUGGUCAUCUCCAAACUUGAUCGACGGAUUGAUCUUACUUCACAGAUUGUGCGGAUGAGUUUGAGCUUAAAGGUUGAAAAUACCGGUCCUGAUCCAGUUUCAGAGGUAUCUUUGACCUUUCCAGAAUACCAAGCAAAAAAUUUGGCGCUGUUAAUGGCUAUUAGUACUGAAGGGAAAGGGAAAACGAAAGGUUUCUCUAGCAAUCUUCCUAUCAAAGUUAAGCAACCUGAUGAUUCACCACCAUCACUAAUUUGGUAUGCUGUAUCUCUGCUUAAGGGACUGGGUAAGGGAGAAAGUUUGACCUUGGAGGUUUUGGCGGUAUUCACUCAUACAUUGCGACCAUUUCCCGAGAAAAUUACUCAGGCUGAAGCUCAGCUCUUCGUGUUCCAGGAUAGUGCACAUUUUCCCGUACCUUAUAAUGUUAAAAUCCAGUCACUGACUGUUAAACUGCCGAGUGAAAAUGUAGAAUCUUAUACAAAACUUGAAAAUACCAAGUUAUCUGGCUCAGAGAUCAAGUAUGGUCCUUAUGAGAAUCUUCCUGCUCUUUCAUACUCUCCGCUAGCUAUUCACUUUCCAAGUAAUAAGCCAUUUGCAGUCUCGCAAGAAUUGGUGCGCGAAAUAGAGAUCUCGCAUUGGGGCAAUGUACAGGUGACCGAGCAUUAUAACCUUAUCCAUGGUGGUGCUCAAAGCACGGGUGAAUUUUCAAGGCUGGACUACCAGGCUAGACCGAAUGUGCGAGGUGCAUCAGCUUUUAGGAAUCUUAUUGCCAUGUUACCACCAAGAGCCCAUUCGAUAUACUACAGGGAUGCAAUUGGCAAUAUUUCAACAUCUAAUAUAUAUGGUGAUUCAAGCAAGACACUACUGGAAAUUGAACCUCGAUAUCCUAUGUUUGGUGGUUGGAAGACUUCAUUCACCAUCGGAUAUGGUUUGCCACUUCGAGACUUCUUGUUUCAAUCAGGGGGAUCCCGCUUCCUUAAUAUUUCAUUUGGUUCACCCAUGAAUGAUGUGCUCGUUGAAAACCUUACUUUGAAGGUUGUUUUACCAGAGGGAUCAAAAGAUAUAUAUGUUUCAAUUCCAUUCUCUGCAAAACAGUCACGAGAGACAAAGUUUUCCCAUUUGGAUAUUGCUGGUAGACCCACAGUUGUAAUAGAAAAGGUUAAUGUUGUCCCAGAGCAUAACCAGUAUUUCCAGGUCUACUACAAGUUCAGCAACCUUUCAUUGCUUACGGAACCUUUGAUGUUGAUAUUUGGCUUUUUCUCCCUAUUUGUUGCUUGCAUCGUGUAUAUGCAUGCCGACUUUACCAUCUCAAAGACUUCUGCUUCUUAUUUGGCAAAACUUCAAUGGGAUGAGGUGCAGGCAACUAUUCAGCAACUCCACGAUAUCAUUAAUCAUUGUCUAGCGAUCCAUGACAAACUAGAAGCUUCAUUAAGAGAACUUUCUAGAACAGGAGAUGUCCAAGCUUGUAAAGCAGUCCGCAAAUCAGCCGACAGUUUGUUGAAGGACCUUUCCAAAGACUUAAAGCCCCUUUUGGCUUUCUUACAAUCUUCUCCACAAGCUGCACAUAUAUUACCCAAGGUGGAGGAGUUGGUUGUAAAGGAGAGAGAUCUGCAAGAAAAGAUUAUGCUAAAACACACAACAGUGGUGGACUCUUAUGAGAAAAAAUCCGGGGGGCGGGAUAUCGAGAACCGUGUGGCUUCAAUCCAGCAGAAAAUCACAGCUUUGAAGCAGGAAGUUGAUGAUCUUCUUGAGUUUGUCGAAGAUAUUUAAUCGGUAGGACUUAAUGCUCUUCAAUGGCGUUCGGUUAUGCUGCAUUCUGUAAGGAUGUCCACCUCCUUAUCUGUUGUGCUAAAGCUGUCGGGAAUUGGUUGUCUUUUGUUCAACGUAACGACUUUACGUCAGUAGUUUAUGAACCUAGAUUUUGAAUGAGAUUUUGUGUUGUUUUUUUAUGACAUUAUGUAGAAACUUAAUUUUUAUAUGAAAUAGACCUGAGUUUUUAGUGAA